UCCGCGGGGGUGCGUUCCCAGCCUGACGCUGUCGCCUAGCGCGGAGCGAGCCGGACGCGCCACCCGCAGGGCUGGCUGCUGCCUUUAUUUACUAGGAAACACCGUUUCCCCGCCGGAGAGUCGGGGAGCUCGCAGACACACACACACACACGCUCGCACACACGUUCACGGAUACACAUACGCACACACACGCUAGCGCGCUCGUUCCUCACAACUGCAUCCCCAAGCCGGCAGAGAGAAGCUUACUGCGGUUUCUCUUAACCUCGGUAUCGGGCAUCGUGGGGCGACGCACGACCAUUGUGCAUCAGUGAGAGCCAGGUGCCUACGCUGCCGCCUCGGCUGGAAUGCUUGCCGACUCCUCUGUGACCUUCUAAGGCUGAGACCCUGAGGAGCCCAGCUGGAGAAUGCCGUCUGAACGCUUCCUCAGUGUUCAAGAAAUGUUGACAGGCCAGAGGCUCUGCCAGUCGGAAUCGCAUAAUGAUAGCGUCCUGGCAGCCCUGAAUCAGCAGAGAAGCGACGGCAUCCUCUGCGAUGUCACCCUGAUUGCCGAGGAGCAGAAAUUCCAUGCUCACAAGGCUGUCCUAGCAGCCUGCAGUGACUACUUCCGGGCCAUGUUCAGCCUUUGUAUGGUGGAAAGUGGUGCUGACGAGGUGAAUUUACGCGGUGUGACCAGUCUUGGCUUAAAGCAGGCCCUGGAGUUUGCAUACACAGGACAGAUUUUGUUGGAGCCAGGCGUGAUCCAGGAUGUGUUAGCGGCUGGCAGUCACCUGCAGUUACUGGAGCUUCUCAAUUUAUGUUCUCACUAUCUCAUCCAGGAAUUAAAUAGCUUUAAUUACUUGGAUCUGUACAGACUUGCUGACCUCUUUAACCUCACUUUGUUGGAGAAGGCAGUGAUCGAUUUCUUAGUGAAACACCUCUCUGAGCUCCUGAAGAGUCGGCCGGAGGACAUUCUAACGCUGCCUUAUUGUCUGCUUCAGGAGGUUCUGAAGAGUGACCGCCUGACCUCCUUGAGCGAAGAGCAGAUCUGGCAGCUGGCCGUGCGGUGGUUGGAGCACAGCUGCCACUACCAGUACCUGGAUCAACUCCUGCAGUACGUCCGCUUCGGCCUCAUGGACGUGGACACGCUGCACGCCGUUGCCCUGUCCCACCCCCUGGUCCAGGCCAGCGAGACGGCCACGGCGCUGGUCAACGAGGCCCUGGAGUACCACCAGAGCAUCUACGCCCAGCCCGUGUGGCAGACCCGCAGGACCCGGCCGCGCUUCCAGUCGGACACGCUGUACAUCAUCGGCGGGAAGAAGCGCGAGGUCUGCAAAGUCAAGGAGCUCCGGUACUUCAACCCCGUGGACCAGGAGAGCGGCCUCCUCGCCGCCGUGGCCAACUGGAGCGAGCUGGAGCCCAUGCCCGCGGGGCGGAGCCACCACUGCGUGGCGGUCAUGGGCGACUUCCUCUUCGUGGCGGGCGGGGAAGGCGAGCACGCCAGCGGGCGGACGUGCGCCGUGAGGACCGCCUGUCGCUACGACCCCCGCAGUAACUCCUGGGCCGAGAUCGCGCCCAUGAAGAACUGCCGGGAGCAUUUCGUGCUGGGAGCCAUGGACGAGUACCUCUAUGCCGUCGGGGGCAGAAACGAGCUGCGUCAGGUCCUGCCCACCGUGGAGCGGUACUGCCCCAAGAAGAACAAGUGGACGUUUGUCCAGUCCUUCGACCGUUCCCUGUCCUGCCACGCCGGAUAUGUGGCCGACGGUCUUCUGUGGAUAUCAGGUGGAGUAACUAACACGGCACAAUACCAGAACAGACUAAUGGUAUAUGAACCUAACCAGAAUAAGUGGAUAAGCCGUAGCCCCAUGCUGCAGAGGCGGGUCUACCAUUCCAUGGCUGCUGUUCAAAGGAAGCUUUAUGUUCUUGGAGGCAAUGACCUGGAUUACAAUAAUGACCGGAUCCUCGUGCGGCAUAUAGAUUCCUACAACAUAGACACUGACCAGUGGACGCGCUGCAAUUUUAACCUGUUGACUGGCCAAAAUGAAUCUGGAGUUGCUGUCCAUAAUGAGAGAAUAUACUUAGUUGGUGGAUAUUCGAUUUGGACAAAUGAGCCUCUGGCUUGUAUCCAGGUACUUGAUGUAAGUAGAGAAGGCAAAGAAGAAGUCUUCUAUGGGCCUAGACUCCCUUUUGCUUCCAACGGAAUAGCAGCAUGCUUCCUCCCCGCUCCGUACUUCACGUGCCCUAACCUUCAGACUCUUCAAGUGCCUCACCACAGGAUUGGCACUGUCUGAAAAGCCAGUGCUCUUAAUAACCGUCAUGAACAGGAGGAAAAAAAGCCUGGCUUUUGGAUACUGGGCAUGAAAACACUCAGUGCUCAAUGCUUCCUUGUUCUGUUUUCUAGAUCUUAUUAUAUUCAGAUAAACAUAAGCAAAAAAUGAAGUUUUCUAAAAUACACGACUGAAAACGCCUGUCACUCUCCUCCGUGUGUGUCAAUAUAUAGUAUGUGUGACUUUUACUGCGGUGUUAGCUUAGAGCCAACUGAACGGUCUGUGGGUCUUUAAAGCAUUCUUUAUACACCUUGUCUAAUGAGUACUGUCCAGGACACUACCCUCUUAGUGAGGAAGUUUGUUUCACAAGUACUGCCAUCAGUGAUCUUCAGAAACAUUGUCAGUACUUAAUCUCUUUACUAAACCCUGGGUUUGCAAUUUUUCUGUUAAAAAUCCAACAUUAUACAAUACUGCUGUAGAAGCAGAGUCCUCGCCAUUAUGACAUCAUAAAUUUUUAAAUGCCAUAUUUUAUUCACGGUAAUAUGAAUAACCGAGGUGCCCUGGAACAGCAGAUGGAGGACCCGGAUUUUUCCCCUUAGUUGCUCUGUGACCUUGGCUUAACUUUACAGUGCUUCAGUUUUCUCACUUUUUAAGGAGGGCAAUUAUUGAUUUACGUAUCAAUUCAGAAGAACGUUGUUAGGAUUAGACAAAUACUCUGAAGUACUUUGCCUAAGAAAAAAUAUCACUCAAAUUACAAGGCAUUUUACCGUCUUUAGAACUUUGUAAUUGAACCGGGAGAUUAUUUUUGAAGUUUAAAAAUUACUGGAUAGAACUUGGAAGACAUGCUAUGAGAUGAUUCUGAAAAGCGUGUGAAAGAGACAUACUAAUUAGAAAACAGGGAGUUUACCAAAGCCAAAGUUUCCUACACUUUUACAAACCCUUGCCUCAAAUUCAUUUAAGACUGUUUAGUGAAAAGUGACAUUUUAAAGCUCAAAAAAAAAUUAGUUGGACUAACUUUGGUAUCAUAAAGUGCUUUGACAUAAAUUUGAACCUAGAAUUGGUAGUUCUAAUAAAAGUUUUUCCACUUUGUUAAAGGUUAUGUCAAUCUUCAGCGCUUGUGGGACUCUUCUCCAUCACCAAUACAUAUUACUACCAUUUUUAAUAAUACACAAGAAUUUUUUCAGGCUAGGUUUUUGGAUUUGCUUUGUCUAUAACAAAAAGUUAAAAAAUUAAACAACUCAGUAAUCGUAUUUGAACGUAAAUUCCACAACUAUAAUGUGAGUUUUCCCCCUUUCUCUAAUCUUGUUACGAUAAGUCACCUUUCUUAAAAGGAAGAUUUCACUUUUUUUCCUUGGUAUAGUUUAAGCAUUCAGCAAUCCUUGGCUUAUAGGAAACUGUCAUUUUGUUCAUGUAGCCACUUUUAGUAAGCAGAAGUGAAUGAAAAUAUUUUUUAUCCUAAAUCCAGAAAUCACUAACUUUAUAUAUUAUAUAAUACCUAAAACACUUAUUUUAAAUAUGUAUUAAAUAUCAAUAUAUUAAAAAUAAAUAUAUAAUUUUUGGCUGUUCAGAUUAAGGGGGGAAGGGAGACUAGGGUAAGAAAAAGAGUGGUAAAAUUUUAAAAGAAAAGAUUUUAAGUUUAGACAAAAAACCUUAGAGGAGUAUUUGUACAGUUCUGAAAGUUGAUAAUUGAUAUUUAGAAGGAAAACAGAGUCUCUUUAUAAGGUAUAAACCAUCUAAAUUUUAAAAAAUGCCUUACUUACACAGUGUGAGGAGAGUGGACUCCAACAUUUCAGAAAUCUUUCCAACAAGGACCUACACAAUUAUUUCCGAUUUACUAAAAUUUCUACUUGACACACAGAUUUCUUCAGGAAUUUUACCUUAUAAAACAAUCUAUUUUUUUAAACAAUCUAUUUUUAAUCCUAGAUUCUCCACCCAAUUAUUAAAAGGGAAAUGGUCUUGACGUGAACUUGACUGAUAAAUGGAAAGGCAGUCUGAGAUUAUUCUCAUUUGUGAAAACUUCUAACCAUUUAAAACAAAUCAGUAUAUACUAUCAAACCUUUCCUUGUAUAGUAUUACUCAGUAAUAACUGUAUAAUUGUACAAUAGUAAUGAUACUAUAAAAUUGAAGUCAAUUUUUAUAUAAAUUUUACAUAAUUUUCAGAAACAUAUAAUUGUAAACAAAGAAUAGCAUCCAAAGUACAGAAACCCUUCCCCACAAAGAAAAAAACCCAGAUCACUUAGAAUUUGAUCCUGUCCGUCAAAUUACCAAUCAUAAGAGCUAAUAAGAAAAAUUCUAGAGAACAAUGGUUGGUCAUAAAAAUCUAAGUCCACCGAAACUAUUCAAAUACAUGUUUUCUACUAUAUUGAACUAUUCCACAGUAAUACAUCUUCCAUUUGCACUCUUCAAAGACCAUAUUGUAUUUAUUAAUACAUUUGUAUUUAUUGAUUUCAAUUUCCAUAAAACCAUGAAACUUAAAACAAUUUAAAUAUUACUUCAAGAUUGUACUCUAAAAAAGAAAAAGCAGUAACACAGAUAUUAGCAGUUUUCUUACUCUACCAGGAAAAGUCAGAAAAGACAUGAAUCUCUAAAAUUAUAUGUAUGUAAAAUGCAGUAAAAUUCUUUAGAUCUUUAAGAGCAAAAUGCCAGUUUGUUAUUUUUAGGGUAUUUUCCACACCAUUUCUCUCUGUAUUUUCCUCACAGGGUAGCCAUAUGUAUGUUGUAUACCCUCAGCCAUUAAAAUAGCUGAAAACUUACCUUUCUUUUAAGGCAGAGUAUAAAAGCAACAGGAGUAAGUAAGAUAAAAAAUAUUCCUCUAGGUAACAUGGUUCGUUUUUAUUUUGCUUUUCAAAGAGUCAAUCUGUCAUAAAGAGGAAGUUGAAUAAUCACAAGUGCAGUGCAAGUUGAAUAUAUGCAUUUUUAUUAUAUCUCAUUACUUUGUACACAAAUAACUUAAAACGUGUGUAUAAAAUAGAAAUGCCCGGAAUUUUUCUAAAAGCAUAAUUCACAAGUGCAAUGAACUGGGUAACUGUCUUCACACCAAAAACUUCAAUAAGCAGAAGCUGGUCUGUUCUAAUCAUUUGAUACUGAUUUUGGUAAACUGAACAAUAUAGUUUAUCACAGAAUCAAAACAUAAAUCUCAUGUCUUACAUCAAAUAUGUGAAAGAAUGUACUAUUUUGCUAGUUCCCCAACUGUUUUACACAAACAGAGCCUAUUAUUUAUAGUAGCAUACUCUCCACUUGACUGACAAUGCAAUAUUUUUAACCCUAGGAGGAGGAGGCAGGAGAUCAGUUUUUGGAAGAUAAAAGGUUUAUGUAAAAAAAAAAAAAGAGUAUGAAUCAAAACCCAGUGGUUUAGAACAGAUAACACAGUUUUUGGUGAAGUUUCUAUGAUAUCUGCCUUUUAUCUCUGAAAAAAAGUGUUAAGUUGAUGCGCAGAACUUAGAGAAAGUAGUUUUCUUAAAGGUUUUUCCCAACUGUAACAGCUUGUCAAAUUCUUAUAUGAUUAUAUAAUCCUAAAAAUAAAAA